AUGCUCGAUAUUUUUGUGAUCACGGGUACAUUCAUUGUAGCGCGACAGUCGUUUUCGUUCAUUAGUUCACAGACAUGUGUACUACGUCAUCAGUAUACUGACGCUGGAAGAUGGCUGUCGUGUGGGUACAGAGAGCGAAAGAAAAAUGAUGAAAAUUAUGAACAAAAAGAAAGAGAAAGAAAGAAAACUGCCAGAGCAAACAGAACAGAGGAACAGAUUCAAACUGACAACAUAAAAUCUAAGGAGCGGCAAAAGAGCAUGAAGAGAUCGCGGAUGCGUUGCCAGUUGCCAGAGAAUGGCUUCAAAGAAAAAUGGAUACUCCAUGAUUUCAGAAAGAAAUUUAUGCAGACAAAGGCUAGAUAUGGAGGGCAAGGCUACAGUGCAAGUCCUUUGUCAGAGGGUCAUGGACAAUUCAGGAAAAGGCUGCAG